AUGGCAAGCAACGACAUGCAACGACUGGAAUAUGUUGUGCUAGGUGAGAUGCGUCCUUCGACGCCUCAGCCCGAUACGUCAGGCACAGUCGAGUUAGGCACGCCAAUCACUGACGCAGGGUACGCCGAGUCGUCCGAUCCUUCCUCAAUAUCAUCUCUUAUUCCCUACUCGGACUGCAGCACACUCGGCUGUACGCUCCCCCCACCAGAAUACAACCUUUACCCCGAUACCAUAUUUCAAACACCAUUUGCGGAAGGCUACAGCCAAAUGCUACCAUGGAAUUUGAUUCCCUCGGUUCCGGCAUUGCCCAGCAUUGAGAUACCAGGAUUGCUCGACAUGUCAUCAUGGCUCGAUCCGCAGCUACCAAUCUCAUGA